UCCUAUGCUACUUGUCCCUUUAGAUCUUGUAGGAGCGUAGCUGAAUCUUGACUUAUCUAUCAAGAUUUGCAAUUUUAACUUCUCUCAGGUUCAUGAACAGUGAUAGUUUCCUCAAGAAGUUGCAGUCAGAUUAUUCUUCCUCAUUAGCUCUUCCAUCAUUAAGUGAUUGAAGUUUUGGCCUUGUCUGAUGGUAAUAGAGUGUUCUUAAUUAGUUCUACAAAAGCAGCAAAGAUGGCACAGUGUUCUGAAAACGUUAUUCCUACUCUACGUGAUUUCUUCAACUCCCAAAAGCCAGGGGAAGAGGAUGAGUUUAUGUUUCAUCAGGUCCUCAACUCCUCUUGCAAGACCAUUCCACCGAGACCUACAAAACUUGGAAGCAAGGCAAAGGAGAGUCACGGUUUCUUCAAUCAGGGAAGAAGCAGAAGAAGAAACAUAUCAGAUGCUGAGAAGUUCUCUGUGGAGCAAUAUUCUUCUAGUGGUUUCUUUGGGGUACGAUUCAACACAAACGGGCGACAACAACAGCAACAACGAUCAGCUAAGCCUUUAGGGUCAGAUAGAAACAUGGAACCGAAAUUGCAAAAGUCAUUCUCUGCUAGAAUGCAACUCCCCUUUAUGCAAUCUUCAAAGCCAAGCAACAACCAGUCUUCUUCUUCAAGCUGGUUUAGCCGUAUCAAGAAAAUGUCUAAUCCAUUUUCAAACCGAAACCCCCUGAUACUAAAGUCAGGCGAAAUCAAGGUCAGUGGAGCAGAAACACUCUCAAGAAACAAGUCUUCUUCACCUGUUCAUCUACAUGCACAUCUCAGUAUACAAUAUGAACUUGGGAUGCCUGUUUUCACCUUCUCCCUAGACCACCCGGGUGAUGUGUAUAUGGCCAGGACAUGGAUGGAUGAUAAUGACGACUCUAGGUUCGUCUAUUCGUUUCGCUACAUUGGUGGUAGAAGCAACAGGAACCACAUUGAACAGAGGUCGAAUGUUUCAGGUAUAGAAUCUUCACUUAUAGGACAGAUGCAAGUUUCAACUCAAAUCUCCUUAGAGGCAGAAGAAGAACCAUACGAAGAUCCUGUGGAAUCAACCGUGUCAGAGUUCGUUCUUUUUGACAUCGCACGUGCACGGAGAAGUGGUUCCAAGCAUGACAGUGUAUCUGAUGGCUCAAAGCAUAUUCACAGGCAGAACAGUUUCAGCAGAGGGUUGACUCGUAGUUUCUCAAAACAUUCAGAGAAUAGUGCAUCAUCGUCAUCUGAUCCUUGGCCGGCUACAGAGUUACAUCCAGGACUAGAGAUUGCAGCAAUUGUUAUUCGAGACUCUUCUUCUUCUAGCAAUGAGAGUUUUGAGUACAUGAAGAACAGUAAACUCUGUAGACGAGAGAUGAAAGUUAUAGUUCCAACAGGAAACCAUGGUUUGCCUGAUGCUGAAAACUCAUGUCCGACACCGAUACUGCAGAGGUGGAGAUCAGGUGGAGGAUGUGAUUGUAGCGGAUGGGACAUGGGCUGUCACCUUUUUGUCUUAGAACAACAAGAACUCAUCAACAAUCUCCACUGUUUGGAACUUUUCACCGAGGGAGAGAAGGAGACCACAUCAGCAAUGACAAUGGCAUUCAUCAGAGAAGGUCAUUACGAGGUAAACUUCCAUGCAAAGCUCUCAGCUUUACAAGCGUUCUCUGUAUGUGUGGCUGAGCUGCACAGAACCGAAUUAUCAAGAGGAGAAAGAAGCAACUCUCUGUCUAGAUGCAGUUCGCUUAGAGAGCUUAUAGACAUGGCAACUCCGGUAAACAGAGAUAUCAAUGAAGAAGUCAUUUCGUCUUUCAUGCCUAAUGUCACUUUCUCUCCAAUUUCAAGGGUCUAAAAACAUAUCAGAAAGUAAUAUCUUCGCCCUCCUUCCUUAUGUGCAUAUAUAUAUAUAUAUAGCUACACUAUACCUAUAAUAAAAUUAUAAAGCCAUAAUCUGUGAUACAAGUGCAGAUGGAAUUAGUAAAAGUUUAGAACGUUAGCAGCACAAAUGUUUGUACUUACUUUGUCCUCUAUGACUCAAAGAAGUCGGUUUGCUUCGAAUUUUAUAUUCACUAGUCACCCGUUUCCAACAAUAUGUAUCGCUUUAGAAACUGUUGUUUUUCUAUCCUCUAUGUAGUCGUUUACCUAAAUUGAAACUUAAUCCAUGU